UUUCUCUGUAAGGUUGGCAGUGAAGUAGAAAUCCUGAAUUUGCAAGUGUGUGCUCUGUUUAAAGAGCUUCAGGAGGCCCAUGGGAAGUUAAAAGAAGCAGAAAUGAUUCAGAAGAAGCUUCAAGAAAAAUGCCAAGUACUCGAAAGGAAAAACUCUGCUGCUGCAUUAGAACUGGAUGAGAAGCAGCAGCUAAUAUACACUGCCAAGAAGCUGGAACUUCAAGUGGAGAGCAUGCAGGCAGAGGUCAAACUGGAACAAGCCAAGACACUGGAAGAAAAGGCAAAAUUUAGUGGCUUGCAGGAUGCAUACGACAAACUCCUCUCUGAACUCACUGAGGCGAUGACAACAAUUGAUGACAUGAAACUCAAAGAGCUGGACUACGUGGAUAAAGCUGCUUUCAAAGAACUUUCUGCAAAGGUGGAACUGGCAGAACAAGCCCUCGCUGCAAAGCAGCUCAAGAUGGAUGAAAUGAAGCAAGUAAUUGCGAAGCAAGAGGAAGACUUGGAAACCAUGGCCGUGCUCCGUGCUCAGAUGGAGGUGUAUUGUUCUGAUUUCCACGCCGAGAGGGCAGCAAGAGAGAAGAUCCAUGAGGAGAAGGAGCAGCUGGCCCUCCAGCUGGCCUACAUGCUGAAAGAGCAGCAAAACCUUGAAGAUCUCAGCCGAAGCAAUUUGGUAGAGAUGCAGAACCGCCAUGGAGCCAGGGCAGCAGGAGAUCGGGAACAUUCACCUCAUCUUGUUCAAAGAGGAACUGGUAGUCAAGACUGGUCACAGCAGCGGAAUGUCUCUGUGUAUUCAUGUCCCAAAUGUGAAGAAAUUCUCCCUGAUUUGGACACGCUGCAGAUUCAUGUUAUGGACUGCAUUAAUUGAGUGAUGCCCUCCGAUUCCUCAUAUACUGGAAUUUCACCUGCCAAACAAAUACAUUUUUCUUUCUGCUAUAGUAA